AAACCUCUUUACCUUCACACUGACGGACCGUUGGAGCAGCAGCAGCAGAAAACAUGGCUCUACGAGUUACCAGAAACCGCCUGGCCUCCAGCAGGUCUGACCUGGGGGGGAAGGCCUGCUCGGGCCCCUCAGGGCCCGGCCUGAAGCCUCGGGCUGCCCUGGGAGAGAUCGGAAACAUCGCAGCUAACAAAGAAGUCCAGAAAAAGACUGUGAAGACCGAGGCCACCAAGAAGACCAAAGUUGCCACCAAAGUGGAGAAAGCAGUUGUUCAGCAACCAAAACCAGAAACUGUUGUUCCUGUCCCAGCUGAGCCUGAGGAGCCGGUGGUCCUCCCCGAGCCGGCCUCCCCCUCCCCCAUGGAGACGUCUGGCUCCGCCCCCUCAGACCUCUGCCAGGCCUUCUCUGACGUCAUGCUGCACACCGCCGUCAGAGACGUGGACGCCGACGACUACCAGAACCCCAUGCUCUGCAGCGAAUACGUCAAGGACAUAUACAAGUACCUCAGGCAGCUGGAGGUGGAGCAGAACGUGCGGCCUGACUUCCUGCAGGGUCGGGAGCUGACUGGAAACAUGCGAGCCAUCCUGGUGGACUGGCUCGUCCAGGUCAGCCUCAAGUUCCGCCUCCUGCAGGAGACCAUGUACAUGACGGUGGGCAUCAUCGACCGCUUCCUGCAGGACCACCCGGUCCCCAAGAAGCAGCUGCAGCUGGUGGGGGUGACGGCCAUGUUCCUGGCCUCCAAGUACGAGGAGAUGUAUCCUCCCGAGAUCUCCGACUUCGCCUACGUGACGGACCGAGCCUACACCACGGCUCAGAUCAGAGACAUGGAGAUGAGCAUCCUCCGGGUCCUCAAGUUCCAGCUGGGACGCCCGCUGCCCCUGCAGUUCCUCCGCAGGGCCUCCAAGAUCUACGAGGUGACGGCGGAGCAGCACACGCUGGCUAAAUACCUGCUGGAGCUCUCCAUGGUGGACUACGACAUGGUCCACUUCCCUCCCUCCAUGGUGGCCAGCGCUGCUCUGGCUCUCACCCUCAGAGUCCUGGACGCUGGAGAAUGGGAUGCGACUCUGCAGCACUACAUGGAUUACUCAGCAGAGAGUCUCCUUCCUGUCAUGGCUCACCUCGCCAAGAACGUGGUGAAGGUGAAUGAGGGCCAGACCAAACACAUGGCCAUUAAGGGGAAAUACUCGACGUCUAAGCAGAUGCGUAUCGCCACCAUCUCCCAGCUGAAGUCUUCUGUGGUGAAGGACCUGGUGAAGCAGCUCAGCCAGUAGGACCAGGACUCUACGGCACCGUGUGCUGAUUGUACAGUUUAUAACCGUUUAUAACAGUUUCUAAGUUAACGUGAGUGAAGGAGCUGCACACCAAGGACCAUGUGGAGGUUUUUCACGCCUGAAAUGGUUUUUACUUUUAUGAUCCCUUUUUCUAAAGCGUGCUACAAGUUUUAAUUCUCGUCACUGGCGGUUCUCAGACCUCCAGGUCACAAUCAGACUUUGUGCUUAUAGUAGAUUCACUAAAUAUUCCAGUGAUUUAUGCAACAAAACUACAACCAUUUCUACAAAACCAAUCACAAAUGCACUAAAAACUGACAAAUCUUUAGAUGGUGUCGAGCACAAGAGUUUAAUGUUGAGAAACAAUCUCAGUUAUUUUUAUAGCUUGAUGUAAGUGAACAUGUAGAACUCGUGGCGUGUUUUAAUCUGCUCUCAGAAUAAAAAGGGGCUGGCUAAUGUCUGGGUGGAUAAAGGGGCUGGCUAAUGUCUGGGUGUGGCUUUUUUAAAUGGGAUUUUCUUGUGAGUGAAUGUGUGAAAUGUACAGCAAUACUUUGUAAAAUGUUUUUACCUUAAAUGUCUUGUCCUCAAAGUUUUUUAUUAAAUGGCUCAAAUGAA